AUGCGCAGUCGAUCGACACAGCAGUUGUGGUCUUCAUCGUCAAUACAAGCAGUGCAAGAGUCAGUAUGCUGAACAAAGUCAGUUGAACGUAAACGUCCUGGGCAAAGCCAUCCGGCCAAGCGAACCAAUGGCCACCAACUGCCGGGAAAUGUCAAGAAGGCGGCUGUUUCAAGAGCGCAACCCGAGAAGGUCCACUUCUGUUGACAGUGGCCUGGGGUUCAAACGCGGAGACGCUUGCUUGCCCACGGCUGAGCUCCCCGACGCUUCGAAGCAAGCCACCGUACGCGAUGCAUCCGUUCUAAGAAAGCCCCCAGCUGGUACUCCUCCACGACCAAGUCGUAGGUCGCUUCCCGCACUAACGCAACGUGGCACUUCGCAGCGGACCGUGGUGCCCUUUAAAUCGCCAUCAACUCUGAAGGAUAAGGUUAUCGACAUGUUCAGGCGAAAUGGCGGGAAAGAUGUGGAAGACCUGGAGCUGUCGUCCACGUACGUGACAGGUGAUCAGUGGACUCCCACCUGCCGAGACCAAAAUCUUCAAGAUCGACCAUUACCUGAACGCUUUCCUGAUUUCAUCAGACGCUCCUUCAGGCGAAAAUCUUACCGUGUGCAGAAGCCUCGCUCACACUCACCGUAGAUGUUACCACUUUCGAUAAUCAAAAAAACAAAACAAAAGAUUUCUGCAUAGCUCAGUGCUCUUCAGAGUACAAUGAUGGUAAAACUUAUAAGUCAUUGCAUUGACUCACAUUACCGACGCAUGACUACAGUUGGGAACGUCGCAUAAGUGUGUUCUCUUUUGAAGACGACCAGUGCUAAAAUGUCUUCGUUACUCCCGUUAUGAUGGCGACUGGCAAAUAAUAACACUUGAUUAUUCUUUGCAUUGCAUCAAUAUCUGAUAUGUGUCAACUGAUACUGUGUAAUGCAGAGCGGUGUUCUUAUGAACAGUAUACCACACGCCCAAGACCCUGUUCUGGUAGGGUCUUCGUGCAUACGUACGAACACUCAUACGUUCAUUGCUAUGCAAGCUUGUCAUACUGGCGUUGUUCAAGUACAUCUGUAGCGGCGCUCGUUUUUAAAUGCCUUUGCAACACCUCACUGUGUUGUAAAUAAUAUGUUUCCUUAUGUCCAAUUAUCAUUUUUGUGCGACAACGCGGGCUUGACUCAAUAAAAUACGCCGAAGUCUGCG